UGGUCCAGGAAGAUCCCACAUGCUGUGGAGCAUUAAAUAGCCCAUGUGCCAAAACUGCUGAGCUCACGCGCUGCAACUACUGAAGCCUGAGCAUCGCAACAAGAGAAGCCCACACACCACAACUAGAGAGUAGCAGUGAAGACCCAGUGCAGCCGUGAAUAAAUAUUUUUAAAUUAAAAAAAGAAACUAUAGCUUAAAAAAUUAUUUUAAAAAGAAUGGAAAGACUAAUCCAAUUAGUGACUAAGAAAAAAAAUCAGUAUUACUAACACUAUCUUGAUCUGUGUUGUCCAGUUCAGCUAGUGUGUAGCUGCUGCGUUGACAGCAUGCAUGGAGAACUGCUGCUGCUGCUAAGUCGCUUCAGUCGUGUCCGACUCUGUGCGACCCCAUAAGACGGCAGCCCAUCAGGCUCCCCAGUCCCUGGGAUUCUCCAGGCAAGAACACUGGAGUGGCUUGCCAUUUCCUUCUACGCAUGGAGAACAUCUCAUCACAAAGUGUCAGACACACCGCAGCUGUAGCUGAUCCAAACUGUUUCCCCUUCACUUCACAUGUUAGGGCCUCGUGCCUCUUCCUGCAGCUGAGAAUGACUGGGAAGUGCAUGGUGAGUGUGGAAUUGGUGGGAGUAAGGGACUGGGGGAUGUUUGAGAAGUGAAGUGUGGGUCCACUUUGACCAGCUUCAAAACAGCAGUCUGUUCUUUCUGUGUCCUUGAGAGCCAUCUCUGGCCACCCUGAGUUCUCACAAAAUGAAAAACAUCUGGGACUAAGAGGUUUGACUUUCUUGAGGCAUGGGGCCAAUGGCUUCCAGGAGAAGGUGUGGUAACAGCCUAGAAAAUCUGUCAGGAGCCCUGGCUGCCAGGCCUGGCUGACUCUGCCCCCAGCUAGCUCUGUGCCCCCUGCCCUCUUCAGUCUCCCCUGCUGUGUACAGAUCACCAAGAGGGUGGGACACCAUUUCUGAGAUCCCAGCAUAGGUUCUUGACCUCAUGCUCCAGUUGAGCAGAAACAGGCACUCCCCUUUGGGACCUGGCCAGUAGCCGUUCUGGGAGUUUCUGGUCUGCACUUGCCUGUGGGUUUCAUUUUGGAGUCGAAUCACUUCAUUUGGAAUGUCAUUUUUUCAGUCUCCAACUUGUGCCACGGGAAAGAGAGUGGAGAUGACUGGAUCUUGGUUGAGGAAGAGAAAUGUAUCUCCCAACAACUCGCUGCCCUAGAGAUCCUUUCUUCCAGAAAAGGUGCCUAUCUUGGACACCUCGGUGGUUGUGGUCCAUGGAAAGGGGGACAUCACACACCAUCUGCAGCCUCGGGCUCACGAUGGUCAGAGGGGACUCGGAAGCCUUUAUCUCCAGUAGCUUAAGGACAAGCGGACCAGUUUUGGCCUGCCCUUAUCCAUACCACCUGGCCAUAUGGCUACUUCUGUCCCUGGACCAUCCUGGCAUUUCCACUGAUUCAGGAAGGGCACCUGGGCAGAAGCCACAGGGAGUCAGGAGUCUGAGUUUGUCCAGGAUGACGUCGGGCCCUCUUCACCUUUGGACCAGGGCCUAGUGCAGUGCCCCCUCAGGGUUUGAAGAACAAGUGAGGGGGACCUUGAGAGAUUAGGAAUACUUUGAGUUCAGAUGAAACACGACACCAGAGAUUUCCAAGUUUCUGCUUAAGUGCUGCGUGGAAGGUGGGACUUGAAAGGUGUUGGUUUUAGGAUUUUCUGGUGGCUUGGUGGAGACUGGGCCCCUAAUGCAGCACUAGCUGGCUGCUCUUCCCUGGACCACCUGUGUUGGCAUCAUCUCAAAGGCUUGUUGGAAAUGCAAACACCUGGGUUCUAUCCAUACCCACUAAAUCAAGUCAUCUGGGGCUAGGGCUCAGGCAUCGAUUUUCCAUAAGCAGCCCCCUGAUAACCAGGGGCUGCUGGGACUGGGAACCAGAUUGCCCGUUCUGCAUCCUCUUGGAAAGGGUCUGAAGUCCCUCCUGACAGGAAACUGGGCUCCAGGCACUUCCUGGAGCAUGUCAAACCCCACCUCCAGCCCCAGUUAAGAGUGCUCAGUGGAGCAGCCAGCUCCACCCUCCCCACCCCAGCUACCUGUCAGACUUGAGCCAGCAGCCAGUGUGGCCAGAGUGCAGGCAGGAUUUCCUGCCAGGAAUUGGGCUACCUGGCCAUGCCCUGGGUGCUCUGGCCCAGGUGGCUGACAAGCAAGGGGCUGCCCUUCCUGGGUGCAGUGCAGCUACAGAAGCGAGAGAAGAGGGGACCUCAGUGCGAGCAGUGGCGGCGGGAGACCCACCCCUUCUAUGACCUCCAGGUGAAGGUGCUGAGGGCCAAAAAUAUCCAGGGCACAGACCUGCUGUCCAAAGCUGACUGCUAUGUGCAACUAUGGCUGCCCUCGGCAUCCCCCAGCCCCUCCCGGACCAGGGUGGUGGCCAACUGCAGCGACCCCGAGUGGAACGAGACCUUCCACUACCGGAUCCAUGGUGCCGUGAAGAAUGUCCUGGAGCUCACCCUCUAUGACAAGGACAUCCUGGACAAUGACCAGCUCUCCCUGCUGCUGUUUGAUCUGAGGAGCCUCAAGCCAGGCCAACCACACAGACACACCUUCCCCCUCAGCCAGCAGGAGUCACACGAGCUGCAGGUGGAAUUUGUUUUGGAGAAGAGCCAGGUGCCUGCACCUGAAGUCAUCACUAAUGGGGUCCUGGUGGCUCAGCCGUGUUUGAGAAUCCAGGGCACCCUCAGGGGCGACGGGACAGCCCCACAUCUAGGGCAUGGCCCUAGGCAGAUUCAGCUGGCAGUGCCUGGAGCCUACGAGAAGCCCCAGCUCUUGCCCUUGCAGCCUCCCACGGAGAUGGGCGUCCCAGCCAUGUUCACCUUCCACGUGAAUCCAGUACUCAGCUCCAGGCUGGAGGUGGGCCUAGGAGAGAAGCUCAUGGUCCAGGGCGACCCGAGGGCCAAGGAGGAGUCCCAGACCAGCAAGCCUGGCAUCCUGCUCUCAUCUCUGACCCUAGGCCAGGAGCAGCAGUGUGUCGUGGCCCUGGGGGAGGGCCAGGAGGUGGCCAUGAGUGUGAAGGCAGAGAUGAGCUCUGGAGACCUUGACCUGCGUCUUGGCUUCGACCUCUGUGAUGGGGAGAAGGAGUUUCUGGAGAAGAGGAAGCAGCUCGUGUCCAAGGCCCUUCAGCAGGCUUUGGGGUUGAGCCACGCUCCCGAUAGUAGCCAGGUGCCAGUGGUGGCCGUGCUGGGUUCAGGAGGUGGAACCCGAGCCAUGUCGUCUUUGUAUGGCAGCCUGGCUGGGCUACAGGAGCUCGGCCUCUUGGACACUGUGACCUACCUGAGCGGGGUCUCUGGGUCCACCUGGUGCAUCUCCACACUCUACCAGGACCCCGCCUGGUCCCAGGUGGCCUUGCAGGGCCCUGUUGAGCGUGCCAAGUCUCGGGUGUGCAGCAGUAAGAUGGGGGCAAUGUCCACGGAGCGCCUGCAGUACUACGCCCAGGAACUGGGGAUCCGGGAAAGCAGCGGCCACAGCACUUCCCUCAUUGACCUCUGGGGCCUUCUCAUUGAAUAUUUCCUGUACCAGGAGGAAAAUCCUGCCAAGCUGUCUGACCAGAAGGAGGCAGUCAGCCAGGGCCAGAACCCUUACCCCAUCUAUGCCAGCAUCAACGUCCGCAGCAACAUCAGUGGGGAGGACUUUGCAGAGUGGUGCGAGUUCACCCCCCAUGAAGUCGGCUUCCCCAAGUACGGCGCGUAUGUUCCCACCAAGCUCUUUGGCUCAGACUUCUUCAUGGGGCGCCUGCUGCAGCUCCGGCCCGAGUCCCGCAUCUGCUACCUGCAGGGUAUGUGGGGCAGCGCCUUUGCAGCCAGCCUGGAUGAGAUCUUCCUGAAGACCUCUGGCCGGGGCCUCAGCUUCCUAGACUGGCGCAAAGACAGUGUGAACAUCACAGAUGACUCCCAAGAGCUCCAGCUUCACGAUCCAGGGCGGCUGAGAACCAGGCUCUUCACCCCUCAGGGACCCUUCUAUCAGGCUGUGCUGGACAUAUGCACCUCCCGGUUGACCUCAGCCGAGACCUCCAACUUCACCCGGGGCCUCUACCUGCAUGAGGACUAUGUGUCUGGCAGGGAGUUUGUGGCCUGGAAAGAUUUGCAUCCAGACGCCUUCCCCAACCAGCUCACUCCCAUGAGAGACUGUCUAUACCUGGUGGACGGAGGCUUUGCCAUCAACUCCCCAUUCCCGCUGAGCCUGCAGCCACAAAGAGCUAUGGACCUCAUUCUGUCCUUCGACUAUUCCUUGGAUGCCCCUUUUGAGGUCUUACAGAUGACAGAGAAGUACUGCCUGGACCGAGGCAUCUCCUUCCCCAGGAUUGAGGUGUCCCCGGAGGACAUGAAGGAACCCCACGAGUGCUACCUGUUUGCCAAGGCUGAGGACCCAAGCUCACCCAUCAUACUGCACUUCCCUCUGGUCAACCGUACCUUCCGCACACACCUGGCCCCAGGUGUGGAGCGAAAAACGGCUGAGGAGAAGGCCGGUGGGGACUUUGUCAUCAAUGGGCCAGACACUCCCUAUGGCAUGAUGAACUUCACCUACGAGCCCCAAGAGUUUGAGCAGCUGGUGGCCCUGAGCCGAUACAAUGUCCUGAACAAUGCGGAGACUGUGCGGAAGGCCCUCCAGCUGGCUCUAGACCGGCGACAGACUGGGGACAGGACUGGAGGCUGACCCAGGCUGGAGCUGAGGGACUGGGACAGAGGAGGGACCCUGGGCUCCAGACCAGGGCUUGGUAGGGGGAGGGGCAGCAGACCCUGCGGGGCUUAUGCUUCUCAUCUCUUUGGAACCUGCAUUGAGGUCCCCAGGACCUGGGGAUGUUCCUCCAGGGUGCAAUCUGGACUUUUGGGGGUCCCUUCUCCCCUGUGUUUCUGGGAGGAGGUAGUGUGUCGGGGAGGGGAUGUAUGGCAGACAUGAACAGUUCUCAUCUGACAUUGGAGUGUGUGGAGGGACUCAGGCAACCAUCGUGGCCCAGAGCGCAUGCCAAACACAGAAGGACUUCACAGGGACCAGGUCUUCAGACCCUCAACAGAAGGGGCGCUGUGAGAGCUGAGUGCAGGUUACUGCCCUGAACUGACACCAGAAGCAAAGAUGUGUCCAUCCAAUCCACACUUCCUGCAAACAGUCCCAGCCCUAACCAUCCCUCCACGCCCCACUGCAUCUGGAUGCUAACGGCAUCCAGAAUAAAGGGGGACCACAUCGGUUGCCCAUCGGGGUCACUCACCCCAGGGUCCUGUCUGUUAAUUCCUCUUCACCUCUAGCCUCCUCUGCCUGCCCCAUGGCUCCCCACCCUUCUGUGCUCAGCCUCCUGAAGGUUGUGGGAUGAUCUCCCCUCCUGGCUGGGCUCCAGCUGGAGGUUCCCCACGCUAAUUCCCCAUCUUUGCUCUUUAAACUGGGGUCACAUCCUCUUAUCAGGUGUACAGCUGCCACCUUGAGCAAACAGUCUCACCAUUCCCAGAAGUUAAAUGAGUAUGUCUAGAGGGCAUACCCACUUAUCGGGGCAGAGCAAAUAUGAACUAGCAUGUGGCUCUGGCCUGUGAGCGCCUGUCAGCUGCCGGGGAUGCGCAGGGGUAGAGAGCCCAGCUGGGAACUCAGAGCCUGGGCUCCUGCCUUUUCACAGGUGUGUCCUGCCAUCUGGGCCAUCUACUUCCCUCUCCCUCUGCUUAUCAUUUCUUCCGACCCACAAGGGACCCUCCAAACACCCGAAGCCUCUCCAGCACUGGCAGAUUUCUGGUCUGUGGAGAGGAGAUCCACAAUGACUGGGCUUGGUGUGGGGGUCUUCAGGCCCUCUCCCUCUGGCCAGGGCCUCUGUGGCCUCUUUCUCCUCCUGCUGUCCCACCCGGUGCUGAGCUGCCUGGGGCCCUUCCAUGGCCCAGCUGCCAUACAGUAAGUCCCCGACACACGAACUUUCCAGUUGUGAACUUUCAAAGAUACGAACGUGCAUUCCAUCAGCAUCAGGCCCUAGUGAAACUGCAGCUUGCCUUCCAUCUCCUAGUGCUGACCAUCAUUCCACUCCACUGUCUCCCACCUCCUUUUCCUCAUCCAGUCAGUAACUCUUUUUGCCUGUUCACUCAAUGCCCAUCCCUGUAUGCCAGCUUUUGUCGUGUACUUUUUAAGGUACUGUACUGUAAGAUUAAAAAGGUUUUCUUUGUUA